CAAUUACAUACAGCUUACAGUUGGCUUAAUAAUUGUUUUUUUUUAAACAUUCAUUAAUAUAUUGUUAUAUUACACCAUAAUUCUAAUUGUGUGAAUCAUUAUUGGAUUUAACUGCCUUGUAAUUUUUGACCUUUAUUAUAUUUCGAGGCAAAAUGAGGUCAUUUGAUGUGCUGUUGCUAUUGGUGAUAGCAUAUACAUGCGUUACAGUGAACGGUCUAUAUUUUCGAGUCAACAAAUCGAUUGAAAGUAAUUGGUGGUCGAACACAAUAAUGUAUCAAGUGUAUCCAAGAUCGUUUAAAGACAGUAACAAAGAUGGUAUAGGUGACUUAAAAGGUAUUACACAGAAACUAGAUCAUUUUACAGAUCUUAAUAUAGAGACACUAUGGAUUGGUCCAAUAUUCAAAUCACCUAUGGAUGAUAUGGGAUAUGAUGUAGAAGACUUUAGAAUGAUAGACCCAGUAUAUGGUACAAUGGAC